AGAAAUACAGUACUAUGCUGCCCUCCUUUGGUAAACAGGGUGUGUCUCUCACGAACAAGCACUACGGGCUGACAAAAUCUAGUUAUAAACAUGGCUGCCAACGAUGGUGUACCAGAAGCUCUUCAAGUACUCCUUAGUGAUGAGCUACUAAGUCCGUCGGAACUAUUUAAAGAGCGGUCCCGAAGUCAUAAGAUUCCCGUGAAGGGACAAAAAGAGUUUCUACCUGACGGCUCUGACCAGCAGAGGGCGCGCCUGCAGAAGAGUCUUGACGAACACUGGACGCUCGUAGCAGAAGAACGAGUGGAGAGGCUUGGGAACCUUGUAAGUGCAGAAUGGAUUCCCAAGGAAAAGCUUGUGAAGUUGCUGUCACCAGCAGGGAAGUUUUGGCAGACAAUGGGCUUUUCAGAUCGAGGAAAGCAGUGUCUGCUUCCAGAGGAGGCUCUUUACCUCAUGGAGUGUGGCAGUGUGCAGGUGUUCUACAAGGACCUUCCUCUGUCGAUUCAGGAGGGUUAUGAAUGCCUCCUUUCACCUGAAACAAUGACUCUCCAUCAGUACCAGGUGUUUGGUCAUUUAAAGAGGCUGGGGUAUGUGGUAAACCGAUUUGACCCAAGUCAAGUGCCAUCCCUGUAUGAACGACAGCUGAAUUUACCCCUUCCCAGAGACAUGCAAAGUAAGCAGCUGAAGAGGAAGCGCAGUCAGAGCCCUGGCUCCAGACUAUGUGAGAAACAAAGUGCAACAACCAUGGAGCAGACAACAGUGGAAGGAGAGUGCAAAGGAGAAGUUCAAAUCAGGGAGCCAGACUUAGGCCAUGUGGCCCCAGAGCAGGGAACAACCCAGCAGACUUCCCAAGAUAAGUCCAUGGAGUGUGUGGCAAAUUCAGACGGAGCUUCAGCAAGGAACUGGUGGACGGACAUGUCUGGCCAAGCUCAGGCUGCUGCGGCCCAGGCUGCGGCACCACGCUGGGACUUCAGCUGCAUCGUUUUCCCAGACCUGGGCUCACAUCGGGCCAACUCUGCUACCCUGGCUGCCCCUGACCCCAGCCUGCUCCCUGGGGCUCUGGAAGUGGGCGAGUGCAAGGUGGCCCACUGGCUCAGGAAGCUUAACCUGAAAAAGGAGCGCCUGUCCCGGCGUGAUUGGGAGAGGCAGAGGGAGCGGGACCGAUAUAAGCGGGACAUUAAUGAUGACCGCGAGGUGCGACGUUGCAGGAACUGGAUGGAGUAUUUAGACCUGAUGGAGAAAAGGAGGAGCCAGCAGCAUAAGGAACGACCUGCUCACCUUUGGGAACAGAAGGUCACGCCCCUUACUCAUCCUGGGCAGUGUAUUUCACACCGUGAACUGCUAGAGCAGAUCAGCAUUAUUCCUUCAUGCGAUUUACUGGAAGGAGCCUCCAGGUUACCAUGGUCAGACAAGUGGAGGAUCUGUUUCAAUGUUUACCAGCCAGACACAGUGGCUGAGUUUAAGAAGAGUCACCCUGGAAAGCCUUAUACUCGCCUGUGUGUUUGCAGCUUCGAUGGUCCAGUGCCUGACCUGUGUGUGAUAAAGCAGCUGUCCAUCCUGAGUGGGGAUGUGCCUGUGACGUUUGCAGUAGUGGACCAUGGGGACAUCUCCUUCUACUGCUUCAAGGAGUUCAAACUGCCCACUGACAUCUACUGAUGAAGGACCUGUGUGCAACCUGAAAUACUCACUGCACAGGAACAAAAGACUGAAUUGCUCAGACUUACUAAAGAAAUAAUCUCUCAGGGUAUUGUUUUCAUUUUCAUCUUUGUGGUGACACAACACAAAACCCAAUAUCUAAGGGCCAUUCAAAUGUAAUGAAAGUACAAACACCAGUGGACAUGUCUUGUCAGUGAUUGACUGUUGGUCAACUAAUGAUUCUAUCAGGAAAUUAAACCAUAAUCCUGCUUUGAA